AAACUAGAAGGGAAACCAUCCCAGGCUACACAGGGGUUAACUGCAAGGAGUGAAAUCUGAGGAGUUCAGAUAAGGAGGAGUCAGUUAUUUUCUUAUAAGGACAUUCCCAUGGCAAGUUGCAAUCAAAUUUGGGUGAAAGAGCUGAGGAUCGGCACUCAGGAGGGACAAUGCGCUCCGCGGCACUCACGGUAUUUUGGUUGGUGGCUGCGCUCGCUAAUGGGGAUGAGUCUUGUCCAGAAGUAAAGGUUCUAGGAGUUGGGAGCGCUGACAAAUUAACCAUCCUCAGGGGAUGCCCGGGCUUUCCUGGCCACAAAGGUGAACCUGGACCUCCAGGGGAGAAAGGGCAAAAAGGCUGGAAUGGAGAAAUUGGGAAAGUAGGCCCAAAAGGGGAUCCAGGGCAGAAAGGCGAGAGAGGAGACAGUGCAGCUCCUGAACAAUUUUAUGCUGCCAGGAACUGCAAGGAACUGCUGGAUCAGGGGGCAAUUCUGAGCGGAUGGUACAAGAUUUACCCCGAUGGAGAGAGGCCUCUGACUGUGCUUUGUGACAUGGACACUGAUGGAGGGGGGUGGAUUGUUUUCCAGAGAAGAUGGGAGGGUUCCGUGGAUUUCUUCAGGGACUGGAACGCCUACAAGAAAGGGUUUGGGAGUCAGCUGACUGAAUUCUGGCUGGGAAAUGACAACAUUCACACUCUCACAUCUUCAGGUACCAAUCAGCUGCGCGUCGAUCUAACGGAGGUUGACGACAAGAAAUUCUUUGCAACCUAUGAUUCCUUUUCACUAGCGGGAGAGGAUGAUAACUACAAGCUAUUCCUGGGGGCUUUCAUUGGAGGAACAGCAGGGGACUCUCUCAGUUACCACCACAACCGGCCUUUCAGCACAAAAGACAGGGACAAUGAUGUGUAUGCAACUAGCUGUGCACAAAAGUUUAAGGGUGCGUGGUGGUACGGAGACUGCCAUAAUGCCAAUCUGAACGCACAGUAUCUACGGGGGACUCACACCAGCUACGCCGAUGGAAUGAUGUGGCUGUCGGGCAGAGGAUAUUACUACUCCUACAAAGUGACAGAGAUGAAAUUCAGGCCCAAAUAAUUUUCAUUCUAGUUAUAAUGGAGGAGUAAGGCCUGAGUUUUUGUAUUAUUCCGGCAUAUUACGCCCCUAUGAGCUGUCAUUGCUAAUAUAAGGGGGGGGGUAUGAAAAUGUUUUACAGUUAUUUUUCUUAUAAAUCUUCAGCACAAAGGGAGCAUUAUUUAUCUGAAUAGUUUUGUUUUUUCAUUUGUGGGGGGGGGGGCCGUACCAUUAUCAGAGCAAUCAGGUAAAACAGCGGCCUCUAGUGGGCAGAAUGUUGGGGUGGCUCGUACCAUUACAGCCUAUAGUGAAAUUGACAUUUUUAUCAUUGAUCAAAAAACAUGUUGCUGAAUAUUGUCCCCCCCCCCCGGUAAAUACUGCCCCCCAAGAUUUCUUAUGGCAGCCCUGCAUGGAGCCCUGGGGUUCAGUUCCAACCUGGGAGCUAUAUGCAUGGGGUCUGUAUACUUUCCAAGGCUAACUGGCUCCUGAAGGGAAACAAGACUGUAAGCUCUACAGAGACUUAUGUUAAUCAAUUACUUUCUCUUUAUUCUGUGUUAUUUGUCCAAGUUAUAUAAAUACUACCCAGUAACAAUAACUUCCUUUAAAUCUGGUUUAGUUAACAAAUGGUUAUUAAAAAUGUAUAAUUACUUCCUCUGAAUUUUGUUAUUAUACAUCUUUGUCUAAUUACUUGCUGGUUUAUUUAAAAAAAAUCAAUAAAGAGAAUUUGAAAACUUC